AUGGCUCUCUCCAUCUUCUUCGCUUUUCUUUUCAUCUCUCCUUCGUUUUCAGCUUUUGUUGCUCCAAUAACAAAACGUCAUGUCCAGACGACUCCGUUUUACAUACUAAAGCUUCACCUCAAAACCCCUCUGCAACCCACCGAUUUGUUGCUUCACGUCGGCGCCACCUUCACCGCCGUAGACUGUACCCGUAACUACACAUCCACCACUUUUCACCCCGUUCCCUGCAACUCCUCUCUUUGCCACUCCCUCCAAUCCAACUGCGAUAUCAACACCGGGAAGACCGUGGAUCCCGGUGGCUGUGUCAUUCUACCUCACAACUCGUUCGCCCAUGUUGACUCGCUCGCUUUACCGACCACCAACGGGCGGAACCCGGGUCAACUCGGCGUGUUCCACGACUUCGUUUUCACUUGCUCCGACGAGUCGUCACGGUUACUGCAAGGUCAUGCUAAAAAAGAGGUUACCGGUUUAGCAGGUUUCGGGUUUUCCAAGUUUUCACUCCCAGCUCAGGUUAGCACCGCCGCAGCCUCGUCGGUGUUUGCACUGUGCCUUUCCGGCUCGCCGUCGGCUCCCGGCGUCGCGUUCUUCGACCUGAUCAAACCUUACUAUUUCUUGCCGGGAAUUGACGUCUCCGAGCAUCUCAACUACACACCAAUCUUCUCAUACCCUGUCGAAAUCACCACCAGAAAAACCAACACCAAACGCUACGAAGAUCCUUAUUUCAUCGGAGUUAAGUCAAUCAACGUCAACGGUAAACCGAUAGUAAUCAACCAGAAACUUCUUUCAGUCGACAAAAACGGCAACGGUGGGACAAAGAUCAGCACAACGAAUCCAUACACCGUGUUAGAGAGAUCAAUCUUCACUGCUUUCAUCGAAGCAUUCACGAACGAAUCAUCUAUAAUGAAGUUGAAAUCAACCAAACCUAUCAAGCCAUUCAAGAUAUGUUACGAAGCGAACAAUGUCUUAGAGACCCAUUUGGGGCCAAACGUACCCGCAAUUGACCUUGUGAUGCAGAAUGAUGUAAUUUGGAGGGUUUGGGGGAAGAACUCGAUGGUGAGGAUUGUAGAGGAGGGUGUGGACGUAUGGUGUUUAGCCAUUGUUGAUGGAGGUGUUCGACCCACUUCGUCAAUGGUGAUCGGAGGGCAUCAAUUGGAGGACAAUUUGCUGCAAUUUGAUUUACGGGCAAAAAGAUUAGGGUUUAGUUCUUCACUUUUGCAACACAAGACAAUGUGUGCUAAUUUCAAUUUCACUACCAUCUAA